GGCUUUUCUCUCAACCUCGUCAUACAUCGCUAUACAACUCGUCAUCACCAUCACCUAUAUCAGUCACCUCCCACUUUGUCUUCUCUCUCUGUUGAUAGUGUCAUUUUACAGUCGACACUAUACCGACAAGUAUCUCGAAUCUCAAUGGCUCAAGCCCUUUCAGUAGCCCCGCAAGCAGUGCGGCUCUCACCAGCACGCGACCAUUUCUCUCCUUCUCCUAGACCAUCUCGUUCUUCCCUUUCCGCAUCUGUAUCUCCUCCUCCUCAACGUCCCCACGUGAGACACGCACCACACUCAACCACUGGACCUAGGUCUAGCUCUCGCUCAAAAAACGAAUACGAAAUGACCCUUUCCCAAAGGUCAACAAAGCCCAAUGGUAAACUCCCACUUUCGGAAGAACCAAAACGUUAUCAUCGCGAAACGAGUGUCGAUUCUGAUUCUUUCUCUCUCGAUGGGAAUGGCAGUAUACGUCGGAAGAUCAUCUCGGGUGCGCGCUCCGGGUCGGUGCGAUCUAGUAAAAGUCCUUACGCACAUUCCGAGGAUGGAAGUGUUUAUAAUGGUCUACCGACUUUAGAAACGGUCCAAGAUGAUCCGGAUAUACCCGUGGAGGGAACUAGUAAACCACCUCCACCAGCUCCAAGUGCUGCGACGGGACAUGGAGAUAGGCCAUUAACGAGGAAGAGAAGGAGUAGUUCUAUAAAGAGAAAACCUAGUCCGGGAGUGACUCCGAAGAACGUGGUGGAUUGGGAGAUUCCCAGAAAGACUCUACAUUCGUCGAUAGGAUUCCUCACUCUUUUGCUCAAUCAUCUGAACCCUCCAACCCUCCGUCCGCUCUUGACAGUCCUCACCACCAUCCUUGUCGGCGUAUCAACCGCGGAUAUCCUUCGGUUCCGUUAUCCAGCAUUCGCCGAGCUAUGGGAGCUCACUGUUGGGUUUCUCAUGCGAGAAAGUGAGAGACAAAAGGUCAAUGGGGUGAUAUGGUAUCUGGCUGGAGUCAUAUUUGUGCUUGCUUUGUAUCCAAGAGACGUAGCGGUAGUUUCUAUCCUCACUCUCUCGUGGUCAGAUACAACAGCUUCUACCAUCGGUCGUCUUUGGGGUCGGUAUACUCCACCAUUACCGGCCCAUUUCCCAGGUCUCAAACUCCUCCCUUUUGCGCCACGGAAAUCUCUCGCUGGCUUCUUAGCUGCCACGAUCACCGGUGUAUUCAUCUGUCUCGGCUUUUGGGCAAAGGGUUCGGGAGGUAAAUGGGCAGUGUUGGAAUCCGUUAUGGGACUGUUUGCUACCGCGGGGGUAGUAGGAGUUGGUGGAGCUGUUGUGGAAGCUUUGGACCUCGGAUUGGAUGACAACCUCACUUUACCCAUACUUUCCGGCGCCAUCACUUGGGUAUGGCUCAUAGCGACCAACGUCCUUCUGUCAUAAAUUCCAUCCUUUCACUCGUCCUCCCUCCAUCCCUAUUCUCAGUUGCCUUUUCCUUCCACCGACAAUCACAUUCUUCCUCGGGUCAUCACCGCCUUUUUCUCUCUUUUAUUGGGAAGUCACAUUUGCGCCAUGUUCACAUUCGACCCUGCGACUCUUCUCCUGCUAUUAUCUGCUCACUGCUCGUGCUUCUAGUUGCCUGCUACUUGUCAUAUACUCCUGUUCUUCACUCCUCUGUCCUCGAUCCUAAUCCCGCAUCUCACUCUGAAGACUUCCUAGUUUCUCAGAAUCGUCAACUCCCAAACAUGCGUUUUCUCCCCUCCUCCAUUAGACAUAAUUGAUAAAUUGUCCCAUUAUACACGGACACAAAUAGAGACUUCGGAAAGGAUAUACAGAUACCCUUUUACAUAGUGUCAGUCGUGUAAUAAUUCGGUUGGAUUGAUAGUGAUGAUGAUUUACGAAACCCGUUCCCCAAGACUAUAUAUAUUCAUUGGUGGAUGCAUGAUUUUCCUCAGAU